GGGACUCUCACCUGGCGAUCUGGCAACACUAGGCGGAAGUCCUCCAGCUAAGGCUAACUGAGGAGGUUAGCUGCUAACAGGCUAGCAUCGUCGUUGGGAAAUUUGUGGACAUAACAACUCACAUCGAGAGCAACUAACAUAAUCUUCUAACAUGGGCAAAGGUGGAGGUACAUUUGAACGGCUUCUGGAUAAAGCUACCAGUCAGCUGUUGCUAGAGACAGACUGGGAGUCCAUUCUGCAGAUCUGUGACCUUAUCAGACAAGGAGACACACAAGCUAAAUAUGCUAUUGGUGCAAUAAAGAAGAAAUUGAAUGACAAAAAUCCACACGUAGCUCUAUAUGCACUGGAGGUCCUAGAGUCUGUUGUGAAAAACUGUGGCUCUACAGUUCAUGAUGAAGUGGCUUGUAAGCAAACUAUGGAAGAACUCAAGGAACUUUUAAAGAAACAGACCGAACCAAAUGUAAGGAACAAGAUCCUGUACCUAAUUCAGGCAUGGGCUCAGGCUUUUCGUAAUGAGCCCAAAUACAAGGUGGUUCAAGAUACUUAUCAGAUCAUGAAAGUAGAAGGCCAUGUUUUUCCUGAAUUUAAGGAGAGUGAUGCUAUGUUUGCAGCUGAAAGAGCUCCGGACUGGGUAGAUGCAGAGGAGUGUCACCGGUGCAGAGUUCAGUUUGGUGUUAUGACAAGAAAGCAUCACUGCCGAGCCUGUGGACAGAUUUUCUGUGGCAAGUGUUCCUCCAAGUACUCCACUAUUCCAAAGUUUGGUAUUGAGAAGGAAGUGCGUGUCUGUGAGCCCUGCUUUGAACUGCUCAACAACCACCCCUCCCUCUCUCCUCUACUCAGGAAAACCGAGGGAAAAGCACCAGCUUCUAGCUCAGCCGAUCUGCCUCCAGAGUAUUUGACCAGCCCCCUGUCUCAGCAGUCACAGCAGAUGCCCCCCAAAAGGGAUGAAGCGGCCCUGCAGGAAGAAGAGGAACUGCAGUUGGCUAUUGCCUUGUCCCAAAGUGAGGCAGAGGAGAAAGAGCGCAUGAGACAUAAGAACUCUUACUCAGUGUAUCCCAAAACUGAUCCUACUCCAGUGACUUCCUCUGCACCACCUGUCAGCACCCUAUACACUGCUCCAAUGAACUCCUCUGCCCCCUCAGCAGAAGAUGUUGACCCUGAGCUGGCUCGUUAUCUAAAUAGAACAUACUGGGAAAAGAAACAAGAGGAAUCCCGCAAGAGUCCUACGCCCUCAGCCCCUGCUCCUGUCUCAAUAGCAGAGACCUUACCAGCGCCAAUAAGUCAACCUGUUGAAAGUCACGUCCCGGUACAGCCUGUCAACAUUGUCGAGCAACAAUACCAAAAUGGUGAAUCUGAAGAGAAUCAUGAGCAGUUUCUGAAGGCCUUGCAGAACGCUGUUACAACUUUCCUGAACCGCAUGAAAAGUAACCACUUGAGAGGGCGCAGCAUCACCAACGACAGUGCUGUGUUGUCACUUUUUCAAUCAAUCAACAACAUGCACCCACAGCUCUUGGAUAUUCUUAACCAGCUGGAUGAGAAAAGAUUGUACUAUGAGGGACUGCAGGACAAGCUGGCUCAAGUGAGAGAUGCUCGAGCAGCUCUUAACGCCCUACGGGAUGAACACAGGGAGAAGCUGCGACGUGCGGCUGAGGAAGCGGAAAGGCAGAGACAGAUUCAGCUUGCUCAAAAACUAGAAAUAAUGAGGCAGAAGAAACAGGAGUAUCUGGAAAUGCAAAGACAAUUGGCCAUCCAGCGCCUACAGGAGCAAGAGAAGGAGAGACAGAUGCGUCUGGAGCAACAGAAGCACACCAUCCAGAUGAGGGCCCAGAUGCCGGCUUUCUCUCUGUCCUAUGGUCAGAUGCAGUCUUUGCCUCCAAAUGUAGCAGGAGGGGUGGUAUAUCAGCCUGGGGCUCCACCCAGUUAUCCAGGCACCUUCAGCCCUGCUGGCUCAGUGGAGGGUUCUCCUAUGCACAACAUUUACAUGAACCAAGCGGGGCAAACAGCACCCACACAGUAUCAGGCUAUGCCUGGUGCGGCACCAGACCCCAACAUGGUUAAUGCAUACAUGUACCCAGCUGCAGGCACCAAUGGACAGCCUGCCCCUCCUCCUGGUCAGGCCCCUCCCACAACCAGUCCACCAUACUCCAACUACCAGCCCACACCUACGCAGGGCUACCAGAAUGUAGCCUCUCAAGCCCAGAGUUUGCCUCCUAUGCCCCAAACAGCCCCUAGUAAUGGUAUGGCUUACAUGGGUUAUCAGCCAUACAACAUGCAGGGCAUGAUCUCAGCGCUGCCAGGGCAGGACCCCAACAUACCACCACAACAGCAGUACAUGCCAGGCCAGCAGCCCAUGUACCAGCAGAUUCCCCCUCCUGGUGGGCCUCAACAGCAACCACCCCCAGCUCAACAGCAGCCCCCGCAGGCCGUACCGGGUAGUGCAGAGGCUCAGCUCAUUUCCUUUGACUGAAAAUCUUGCGUGCCGCUGCUGCUCUCACACACUACACCAUUCUCUCCUCCUUUAGCCCGUUUAUUCUCUCUUUGGACUCUUGCUCCCCUCACAGACAUCUCACCUGACACUGCGCUGUGAUGUUGUGGCAAUGUGAAUUUUGUGAUGAUGUUGCGAAAACAGUUGCCCUCUUUCCCUUAGUUUAGCAGGGAAUGUGAGAGUAAGGGUAAUAAUAUGUAAAUCCUUUCUUUCUUCUAACUUCCUGGCUCAUCUUGUGUACAUUUAUGUAAUAUUUCCUAAUUAAAUGAAUAACUAUGCUCUAAAAUAGGCAAUGAUAUUAAUUUAAGGUAAUAUCCUAAUAAUGGAGGUGUGAAAACAUAACCAACCUUUUCAUUCAUAUUUUUAUAAUUCAAAACUUGCAUGUUAAAUUGUAUUUGUUUUUCUGAAAUGAAUUUGAAUCGUUGUAGUGUCACUCCCAUUUAAAGUUUAAUUGUAGGCAUCUGUUUGUACUGUUAAGAUAUUGUAUGAAUGUCUGCAAGGACAAAGCACAGUCAAAGGUCAAAAUAAAUAGUGCAAGCCUCAUCAAAUCAGAUGGCCAGUUCUGUGAUAUU